CGACUGCGAACACGAGGGAGGCUGACAGAUUAUCAGAAAAACGUGUUGGAGCGACUGUUUGCUAGAUCACCGUACCUGACUUCCAACCAGUGUAUGGAGGUAGCUGCUGUGUUGGGGAUACCAAAACCAGCCUUGCAGGUAAGAUUUUAAAAAAUGUAACCCCAGGAGGAGAAAGUUGAGAAAUAUGCUUAAUUUUAAAGUUAAUGUUGUUGCGAACGGUGACAACCUGUAAAAUCAAAACUUCUAAUAUAAACUCCUUCAAGAAGGCUUCGAGAAAAUUCGAACUGAAUGUUUACAAUGAAGUGACGCUUCAAAAUCGAGAAAAAAAAGUGAAUGAAAUAGACAGGCUUUAGCUUGGCGGUUCAAGAAUGUUUCCACUGCACAUGCUCAAAAUCUAGGAUUUCCCGUAUGUCCCGCAUGGGAACCCAGGCGACUGCCGUGUGUUGAACAGCUGCAACAUCGCAACUAAACGUCCUAGAAAUUCCAGAAAAUAAUCGUUAACAGUCAUUUCCCACGACACGUGAAAUAUUACAACGGUCAAUUAGAAUGACCGAUUUUCUGAAAAAGUUAAGCCAAAGUGUAGGCCCGGCUAAGCAACCAGGCCCUUUAUAUCAGUAAAUCCAGAAUAGGCUUCUGGGUAAAUCGCGCCGUUCUUUACCUCUGUAUGUUUCGUUCUAGAAUUGGUUCAAGAACAAACGGUACCGCAUGAAGCUGAAGAAGGAGUCUCAGAAGAACAUUGCAAGGUGUAUCACUCCAGCUCUCAUGGUACACUGCAUUCAAAAUUCAGGUCCUGUACAAAAUAUUUGCGUUGAGGCUCCACGAAGUCUACAGUUUCCCUACAGUAACAACAUUCCUCAA